GAUCGUAAUGUUUACAAACAAAUGACAAUAACUGGUUCGUUGUGACAAUUUGUGAGCAAUGAAUGCAUUCAAUAGUAAUCAUGUUUUAUAUCAAUUGCUCUUUAAGUCAAAUCAUAUCAAAUCAAUACUAUUAGCCAUAGUUUUGCCCUAUAUUUUGGUCAAAUUAUAUCGAAACAGAGUUCACAAAAAACUCAUAGCGAGUGACCGAUUGGUCGGCAAAGUAGUGGUGAUCACUGGCGCCUCUUCGGGACUCGGCAGAGCUUUGGCACAAGUAUUCUACAGAUCCGGCGCUCGACUUAUACUCUCCUCCAGAAGAGUGGAUCAGUUGGAAGAAGUGAAGAAGAGUUUGAUAUCACUGCCAAACACUUCAUCUAGUGAUGAAUAUUUUGAGCCCAAAGUGGUAGCACUGGAUCUCUGCAAACUCGAUGCCAUGGAUUCGUACGCCUCGGAAGCGCUCAAUCAUUACGGAAGGGUUGAUGUGAUAGUGAAUUGCGGAGGCAUUAGUUACAGAGGAAGUGUUGUGGAGACCAGUGUUGAGGUGGACACUAAAGUAAUGGUUGUUAACUAUUUCGGACAAUUGGCUCUCAUUAAGGCAUUCCUUCCGGCGAUGAUUCAGAGGAAUAGCGGCCAAAUAGUGGUGAUCAGCAGUGUUCAGGGACAGUUAGCCCUACCAUUCCGGUCGGCCUACACGGCCUCAAAGCACGCCCUCCAAGCCUUUUGUGAUAGUCUUCGCGCAGAACUCUUUGCAACCGAUAUAUCCGUUCUGGUGGUGAGUCCGGGUUAUAUCAAAACCAAUUUAUCAAUGAAUGCCAUCACGGGUUCGGGCGAUCCCUACGGACUAAUGGACGCCACGACAGCGUCAGGCGCUGAACCCGAAGAUGUGGCCAAAUCUGUUCUAUUGGCGGUCAUCAAGAAAGACAAACAAUUGGUUUUAUCACCUCUAAUGCCAAAGAUUGCCAUUUGGUUGAGAUUUGUGUUUCCAAACAUUUAUUUUUAUUUAAUGAAAAGUAGAGCCAAAAGAGAAACAAGAAAACGUUGA